UAACUCUCCAUUGGCGCAUGCGCACUACGUUCCGCGGCCCUGAAGGCGUUGCUGCUCGCUGCUGCUGUCCGUUCGAAAGAUGCGUCGCUCCCCGGCAGCAUCAGUACCAGCUCCGCCUUACUAAUUCCCGAAAAACGGGGGGGACGAGACGAGUGACUGCCGGUGCCGUUUGUGGGAGGUCGUUGGAGUACGGGGCGGUGAGAUGGGAGACCAGAAGGAGUCUCUUCGUAAGAUCACCCACACCUUGGCCACCAAGAAUGAGGAGAUUUCCAAUUUCAUCUGCAGUCUCAAACAGAGCCUGGACAACCUGGAGGCCAACUCCACCAGAGUACAGGAGGACCUGGAGUCCGAGUUCAACACCCUCCACUCAGUUCUGGAUGGGAUGAAGGAGAACAUGUUGACACGCAUUAAGCAGGAGCGAGCCAGCCGCACCUACGAACUACAGAGUCAGCUAAGCGCGUGUUCCAAAGCGUUGGAAAGUUCGGAGGAGCUGCUGGAGCUGGCCAAUCAGACGCUUUGUUCCUCCCAGACAGAUGGGUUCACACAGGCAGCCAAAGACAUAAAGGAUAGUGUGACGAUGGCUCCGGCCUUCCGCCUUUCCUUGAAGGCCAAGGCCAGCGACAACAUGAGCCACUUGAUGGUGGACUUCAGCCAGGAGAAGGACCUGCUGCAGGGCCUAAAGUUUCUCCCAGUUCCGGCCACACCAGAGAUCCACGUGUCUGAGUGCCAGGUGUGUGACAACACGGUGACUGUCGUUUGGACCUUAGCAGAGCCUGACAGCAAAAUAGACCACUACAUCCUGGAACAUAGGCGUACAAACCAUGAGGGCCCGCCACGCAUCCGAGAGGACUACCCUUGGAUGGUGUUGGAGGGGAUAAAGGAGAUGGAACACACGCUGACAGGUCUGCGCUUUGACACUCGCUUCAUGACGUUCAGGGUGAAGGCAUGUAACAAGGCCGUGGCGGGGGAUUUCUCUGAGCCUGUUACUCUGGAAACCCACGCAUUCACCUUCAAAUUAGACUCCUCGUCGGCCCACCAGAACCUGAAAGUAGAGGACCUGAGUGUGGAGUGGGACGGUAGCGGAGGGAAGGUUCAGGACAUUCGCAAAGAAAAGGCCCGAACCGGCUCACCCAUGCAGUCACCAGCCAGGUCAGCGUUGAUGUCACCGAAGAGGGUACCAACAGCCCGGCCCAGCAGAGACCGUUUCACAGCAGAGUCCUACACAGUGCUCGCUGACACCGCCAUCGAUGCAGGCCAGCAGUACUGGGAGGUGCGCUUCGACAAGGAGAGCAAAGCCUUCGCGGUGGGCAUUGCUUUGCGCAGCCUUGGACGCUUUGAUCAGCUGGGAAAGAGCGCUGCCUCCUGGUGCAUUCACCUGAACAACUGGCUACAGCAGAGUCUCACUGCCAAGCACAACAACAAGGCCCGAACGCUUGACUGCGCCAUCCCGAGCAGUAUAGGAGUCUUCUGUAACUAUGACGAAGGCGUGCUCUCUUUUUUCAACGCCAAAACCAAGCAGUUGAUGCACACCUUUAGGACCAAGUUCCAGCAUCCAGUCAUCCCGGCGUUCAUGGUAUGGAACGGCAGCUUCUCAGUUGUGACAGGCCUGCAGGUCCCCAGCAUGGUCCAAAGCGGCCAGAGGAGGAACAGCGGUACCAGCAGCUCCAACGCCAGCCUCACUUAGAGACCCAGCACUUCCCAGCGUUCGGCACUGCACAGCCCGCUCGGCAGCCUCACCUUGCGGUCGACAGCGCAACAGUUAGUGGCUCAUGAGAUACUGUGCGCUCCUCACACGCAAGGGGGUUGGUUUCUUCAGUCUUCUUGCAUGUCAAGCUCAGUCCAACAAAUUAGCGCUGGCCGCUGCUCUUCUUGAACCCCUUCCCCCUUCCUUUACUGCGGUCAUAUCUUCUCUCUCUCUGUGCCUUUCUUCUCAUUUCCACAUCACUGCUGCGAGAGAGACACCUCCCUAUUUCACUUAAAUGUUAGUGUCUAAUGUGUCUUCACGUAGCUUAUUGAUCAUUAUGCGCCUCUAUGGUUAUUUACCCAAAUGAAAAACUCUGUUCACUACCCAAUUCAAUGUUGCUUGUUUAUUGGCAUCCAUUGGGCCUUCCUGUUGCUGCAUUACAGGUUGCCAAUCAACUUUAAUCAAAGACUACUUAUUUUGAAUGGUGCAUGACACGAAUGGCUGACGAGUAGAUGUGCUCUUUUCAGAGCUCUGCCGCUUUCACCUUUCUUUACAUGGAUCUGGACGUCUAAGCCGAGAUGGGUGGCUAACUAACUAACCUUGCUACUAAUCAGAAAACAACUUCUGAUUUCUAGUCGAAUCCAGACUUUUUCAAGUUCAUAUAUCCCAGCCGAAUUUCACAUUAUGAUGACUUCAUACACAGUGGAACCUCAAAACUCAAAAAUAAUAUAAUUCAGUUUAGGGAUUAACUCUGUGACUGUGAGUUGCUCUGUUUUUGCUUUUUGAUUUUUUUUGUGGACCAGUGUAUUGAUAAGUGUGAUGAUAACCAUAGAACAGGAAAUUUGACUUACUGUGACAUCUAAUCAAUACCAUAUGGAACAACAGUAUGGGCAAUACAAAUAUGUAGACAGUUAAAUAUGCAAAUUACCUUUAUUUUACAUUAAAUAUAUAUUAUCAUUAUAUAUUACAGAACUAGUAUUAAUACCACAACCAAAUAAACCACUGUUUUCUCCAUUACAUGUCACUCAGGAUGACUAGUUUAAGUGUGUUUUAGAUGUUUUUAGUUUCCUAAUGCUAGUGGUUUUUUUUACAAAACGUUAAAAAGCAUUUUAAAAUCUUAUUUUAAAAGUCAAUGUGUUUUAUGAGAGCGGCAUUUUGAGCCUGUAACAAUUUAAUGCGCUUUUCAUAAUUUCAUAAGGGAAAAACCUGGAAGUCAAACAGCAUGUUUGAAUUUAGUGAUUCCACUCUACAAUUGUGAAAAUUCCAUGCAUGUUCACUCAAUCACCUCCCCUCCCCGUUGUUGCUUUGUCUUAAAACAACCAGAGCUUCAUCUUUGUAGUCUCUUUUUUCUACGUAAUUGUUAAAUUUACUUCACAAUAGUGUCAUUGUCAUCAAAAAUAACCUCUGUCUUCCAAGCCCCUGCUAACAAGUCGCCUAGUGAUCUGAUCUGCCACCCGGCUGACAAACGAAUUGAAGUGUUGACAAGUGUACAUGUUUACUUCCUCGUGGCUACAACACUUUGUUUGCACCUGAAAAAUAUGUGUAGGCGCUCUUAAAAAAAGAAGGGAAUCUUUUUGGUCCGUUUACAUGCUAAUGAAAUGUCACAACCUAGUGUGGAUAGUCAUUUUGUUUUCCAAUAUAACCUCAUCAAUCAGUGACUUAAUAAAGGAGUGAGAGCA